UCAUCCUUUCUCCCCCACCAUCGCAUCUACCUGCAGCUUCCCCUCUCCGCUCGCCUAGUCUCGCCGUGCCAUCGCCCUCCCCGGCGUUCGCCUGCUCCCUCGCGAUCGGCGCGACGGCGGCGCUAUCAGCGACCAUGGGGUUCGAGAAGCAGCUUCUGGCGGCGGGGUCGGGCCCCACGCCCAGGAAGGGGCAGACCGUCACCGUGCACUGCACCGGCUAUGGGAAGAACCGCGAUCUGAGUCAGAAGUUCUGGAGCACCAAGGACCCGGGGCAGCAGCCGUUCACGUUCCAAGUGGGGCUGGGGAAUGUCAUCAAGGGGUGGGACGAGAGUGUGAUCAACAUGCAGCUCGGUGAACAAGCUCGCAUCACCUGCACGCCCGACUAUGCGUACGGUGCUGGUGGCUUCCCUGCGUGGGGCAUCAUGCCCAACUCCACGCUCGUCUUCGACAUUGAAGUGCUCUCUGUGCAGUAGCCACCACGUCACCGCAUGCAAUCUGCGUGCCACACACAGGUCGACAGGGGAUUCUCUGCCACUGUAGCAGUGCACCGGGCGUGCUUGGUUUAUCCCCGUGACUUAGGCUGAUAUCGUUAGCAAACCGGAACCACUUGAUGAAACAGUGCAGUGGAGCUGAGCUUUGAAUUGGUGCCUCCUGAUCUAGGCCCUAUGCCUAACAUGAGGGACCGCAGGCUCUACGCUGUGCUUCUCUGUUCUGGCUGGACUGGAGACUGACCAACUUGUCAUCACUUGGGAUUUCUCAUGCCAUCUGCAUUACCAUGUGGGGCCUGGUGUGGGCACAGUCAGCAGGUACCGUACUUCACAUGUGCAUUGGAACUGCCCUGCACCUCGAAAUGCCCUCCCUCACCUAACCUAGCAACCCUAUGCAUUCCAUGCAUGUGGCCUUGCUCAAUAAUAAACACAACAUGCU